CAAGGAUCCCGGAAUGCACGGACGGUGUUAGUGGGGGAACAGGAAGUUCCGGACAGAAGCGAAACAUUCUUCAGUGUAAAGAAAGCGCCAGAACGGUGCAGUCAAGAAGAAAACAUUCGUUUACCUGUUUAUUACUACAGGCCGACUCAGGUCAAGUCGGAAGCCGGUAACAUCAACACUGAGGACAGACCCAACCUGCCUCUCUCCUUCCACACUGAGUCCAAACCUACAGUAACUGGGUCCUGAUUGUGACAGUGGAGCCCAGUUUGCACUGCAGGAUCCAGAGAUGGCAUCAGUGAAGCUGGAAGACUGCAGUCAAACAAUGGAGCUGAAUGUUGACAUUAAAGAUGAAGAAGAGGAGGAGAAGAUUGGGAAGUCUGUUAGUCAUGGGAGGACAAACCCAGCCUGCCUCUCUCCUUCCACUCUGAGUCCAAACCUACAGUCACUGGGUCCUGAUAAUGACAGUGGAGGCCAGUUUUUACAGCAGGAUCCAGAGAUGGUAUCAGUGAAGCUGGAAGACUGCAGUCAAACAAUGGAGCUGAAUGUUGACAUUAAAGAUGAAGAAGAGGAGGAGAAGAUUGGGAAAUCUGUUUCUCAUGGACGACUAGAAUUAAGUCUGAAGCCGGUGACAUCAACAGUGAGGACAAACCCAGCCUGCCUCUCUCCGUCCACACUGAGUCCAAACCUACAGUCACUGGGUCCUGAUUGUGACAGUGGAGCCCAGUUUGCACCGCAGGAUCCUGAGAUGGCAUCAGUGAAGCUGGAAGACUGCAGUCAAACAAUGGAGCUGAAUGUUGACAUUAAAGUUGAAGAAGAGGAGGAGAAGAUUGAGGAAUCUGUUUCUCAUGGAGACCAUGUUGAGACAUUCUCUACAUCCAGAGAUCAACAGCAGGAAGAUCAUGGAGCUAAGAGGUCUCACCUCUGCCCACAUUGUGAUGAGAUUUUCCCAGUUCUAUCAAAGCUAAAAAUACACCUAAAAAUACACACAGGAGAGAAUCCGUAUUCCUGUACUGACUGUGGGAAGAGAUUCACAACAUCAGGGAAUCUGACAGUUCAUCAGAGAGUGCACACUGGAGAGAAGCCUUACUCCUGCCCUGACUGUGGAAAGAUUUUCUCUCGACUGGGCCACUUAAAAAGACAUGAACAUAUACAUACAGGAGUGAAGCCUUACUCCUGCUCUGACUGUGUAAAAUGCUACACAACAUCAACUGAGCUAAAACUUCAUCAGAGAGUGCACACUGGAGAGAAGCCUUUCUCCUGCUCUGACUGUGGGAAGAGUUUCUCUCGACAGGGUUUUUUAAAAGCACAUGAACUUAUACAUACAGGAGUGAAGCCUUAUUCCUGCUCUGACUGUGGGAAGAUUUUCUCUCAACUGGGCAACUUAAAAACACAUGAACGUAUACAUACAGGAGUGAAGCCUUACUCCUGCUCUGACUGUGUAAAAUGCUUCACAACAUCAACUGAGCUAAAAGUCCAUCAGAGAACACACACAGGCGAGAAGCCUUACUCCUGCUCUGACUGUGGAAAGAGUAUCUCUCUACUGUGCAACUUAAAAACACAUGAACGUAUACAUACAGGAAUGAAGCCUUACUCCUGCUCUGACUGUGUAAAAUGCUUCACAACAUCAGCUGAGCUAAAAGUCCAUCAGAGAACACACACAGGAGAGAAGCCUUACUCCUGCUCUGACUGUGGAAAGAGUUUCUCUCAAAUGUGCCACUUAAAAAGACACCAAGGUAAACAUAAAGGUGAGAAGCCUAACCACUGAUCUGACUGUAGAAAAUGUUUUAAAACAGCUGAGCUAAAAGGUCAUCAGAGAACAGACACAGGAGAGAAGCCUUACUUCUGCUCUUAAUUUGCCACGAGUAACUCAAGUAAAAGUCUAAGGUAUUUGGUUGUAAAUAAACCUUAGUAUCAAAAGUAAAAGUGAAUAAUUUCAAAUUCCUUAAAUGAACCUCUACGUGAUGGGUGUCCCUUAACCGGGACAAUUGUUGCUAACGUGCUCCAAUGUGACUACAAUUAUGUUGUAUACAACAGCCAACUUUCCAGGACAUAGACAUGUCUUUAUAUGGGCAGAAAGCUUAAAUUAUUUUUUAUCAAACUGCAGUGUCCAAUUUACAGUAGCUAUUACAGUGAAAAAAUACCAUGUUAUUGUUUGAGUAGAGUGCACAACUUUUAUCAUGGCAACUGGUUUAAUACAUUCACCUCUGAAGGUCAAUAAUGUACUUAUGUUCAGUAAUCUUGCUCUGAUUUGUCAUCCUGAGGGUCCCAGAGAUAAAAUGUAAUAUAGUUUAAUUUGCUAAAAUCUAUUUUUAUGUUCAAAUGUAGGAACUGGGUUCUACAUUUUGAACCCCUUCUGUCUCUGGCACCACACCCACCCUGCCCAGCCAUCUAGAUGUGUGAAAGUUUGUGUAUAAGCUAAUGAUCCAUUAUGUAUGACAUUCCUGGCAGUGUGUAAACUUAAAUGUUUUAUUACCCUAUCAUUUUUGUAUGUUCUCUAUAAUUUUGUACUUAAAUGUAUCAAUUGACCAAUUCAGCACAUUUGGGGAACCUCCUGGCAGACUUGAUACAGUGCAGUAAUGUAAUUCUUCCCUGGAUCAGUCAGAACCUUUGCACACUGCUGCCAUCUGGUGGCCAAAAUCUAAAUCACACCUAGACUCCUAUCUGAAAGUAUGGCCUUUCUCUUGCAUUUCAAGGACGAAAAAGAAAAUUACAGGUAUUUUGUUUCUAUUAUCUUUUACCUAAUGUGUUGUGUGUUAUUCUCCUACAUUAAUUUCACAUUUCCACAAACUUCAAAUGGUAUCAAGAAUACACAUAUACUUGCAUAUCCUUGCUUCAGGUGCUGAGCUACAAGCAGUUAGAUUUGGGUAUGUCAUAUAAGGUGAUUUUUUUCUUAAGUGUAUGAUCCUUAUUAAGCAAACCAGAUGGCACAAUUGUGUGUUAUUUUUUAUAUUACGGAUAACCAGGGGCACACUCCAACACCAUUUACAAGCAAAGCAUUUGUGUUUAGUGAGUCUGCCAGAUCAGAGGCAGUAGGGAUGACCAGGGAGUUUAUCUUGAUAAGUGCGUGAAUUGGACAAUUUUCUGUCCUGCUAAUAAUAAAAAAUGACAUUGAGUACUUUUGGGUGUCAGGGAAAAUGUAUGGAGUUAAAAGUAUUAUUUCCUCUAGGAAUUUAGUGAAAUAAAAGUAAAAGUUGUCAAAAAUA